AUGAAUGACUAGAAAUUAGAUCCCAAACCAAAAGGCGACCUCUCACAAUCUCCUAUACUAGAAAUGUAUAUUUCUUUCUAAAAAAAAAAAUUAACCUUUAAUGAAUACUUACCCACAUUCCAUUUGGUUUUAAAAAACGAGCGUGCAGGUGCAAAUUACAAUUGUCUUGCAGAGUGAAAUGGCUGGUUCAAUUGGAGGCGGAGGGAAUACAAGCACGGGUGUGGAGUGGCACGUGCGACCUCCAAACCCUAAGAACCCCAUCGUCUUCUUCGAUGUCACCAUCGGUAACAUUCCCGCCAGUCGAAUCAAGAUGGAACUCUUCGCCGAUAUUGCCUCAAAAACCGCCAAAAAUUUCAGGCAGUUCUGCACUGGGGAGUACGGGGUGAUGGUAGUGGAUGUGUUUCCAUCUAUGGACUCUAGUUUGAUGAUGAAAACUUUACUGCGAAACACACUGGUCCUGGCCUUCUGUCCAUGGCAAAUAGCGGACCAAAUACCAAUGGUUGUCAGACCCGAGAGUUGAUUGAAGACUUGAAAUAUCUUAGUGGCAUGAAAAUGCAAGAUGGCAAGCAAACAUGAAACUGGAUGUGCAAUUUAUUCCCUAACUUUCUAAUAAAACAGUUUUAUUUCUAUAUAUUGUACUUGAAUGAGCAAAGUAAAUAAAGCGUAUGUAAAUCAUCGUUUAGUAUGAUAAGAUCGUUAUGGUAUGUUAAAAUGCAUGUUUGGUUAAAGUUGUGAGAGGUCAAAAGUAUUUUUAUUCUAUAAGCAACAUUUUUUUUCUUAUUCCAUUUGGUGUAUUAAAUUUUUUUAUUGUGCAUUAAAAUUUAGAAAAAUAUUUACCAACUUGAAUCCUAAGAUAACCUAAGUUAUAUUAAGAUUGGAUAACCUUAGUUAUAUUAAGAUUGGAUAUACUGGUUUUAGUAGUGAUUAGAUACAGUACUCAUGUUUGCUUUGGAGGAACCUUUCUCCUAAAUUCUAAAAUAUAGUAGGUUCAGUAUUUUCCGAAAACAUCCCAAGAGCCAAGACACUGAGCAAAAUACAGCUGCUGUUAAUGUCAGUAUUGUAGGGAAGACUAUGAUUGACGGGCCAGCAAAGAAAAAGAUGUUCACCAACCCAAAUUAAA